AUGGAGGAAAUCCCGCAUCGAGUUUCACGUAGAAACCAUGGCGGGACCCACUGUCGAAACGACGCGGCCGACGAAGAAAACCGUCGCCAACGGCAUUACAACCACCACACUCAAGCCGACGAAAGCAAAUGCUCCGGCAAGAGAUGUCAGUCGUGGGCGGCGGCAGCGAUUGCUGACUGUGUGGCGCUUUGUUGCUGUCCAUGUGCGAUCAUAAACCUUCUCACUCUCACUUUCGUCAAGGUUCCCUGGAUGAUCGGACGGCGAUGUCUCCGCGGCUGCGGCAUGAAUAAGAAGAAAACGCGGAGACUACUACGCAGGAAGAGAUCUUGCCGCGGGAAAACCAACGGUGAAGAUCAUCAUAACAACCAUCACCGCCGGUUUGAGAUGGCCGAGGGGGAUGAGAAAUGCGGCGGUGGAGGAGGAUGUUGUGGCGGCGGUGGUUAUGAUGAUCACCGGUUUGUGGUGGAGAGAGAUGGGAGUUUAACGAAGGAGGAGGAGGAGGUGAAAACGACGUCGUUAGGAGGAGAUGAUGAGUCGAGAAUAAGUGCAAGAGUUGAAGCCGAGAGAGUGUGGUUAGAGUUGUAUCAGAUUGGUCAUCUUGGAUUUGGUAGAGUCUCCUUCACUGGUAUUCAGUGA